AUGUCUUUCGUCAAAUCACUCAGAGAACUUGCCAUCAUGGCCUGCCUUAAGAAUAUCCGAGAUAUCGACAACAUCGGCUUUCUCAGUUACGAGACUGUCCGCGAAAUUCUAAUCAAGGUGGACAAUGCCGCUCAACUCCGACAGAUUGAACUCAAUUCACCUCAAAUCGAAGGCCAGACUGCAGAGAUAUGGCUCAAGUUCAUCGAGCGCGACUUUCCCCUGGAAUCCAAAACCAAAGCAUACCAGCCAAGGGACCCCAAGAAAUGGUACAAGGUCUGGGAGAAGUACAAGAAUGAGCACGACACGGCGCUUCAAGAGAGCGAGAACAAGCUCAAAUCCGCCCUCGCCGGCCUCCGCCAAGAUAAGGAGAAAAACACCAGCAAGAUUGUCAGCGGCAAAGCUCUUCCCAGUUCUGCAAAGUUUGCCAUCAGACGAUACACCGGCCCCCGUGAGGGUAGUUCCAACGCCCUGAUGUUUGGUGGUGGUAGUCGCACAAAGACUGCAAAUGGAGCAAGCGUGAUGCGAAAGGUCCGCCGUGAGGUCAAAGAGAUUGCCAACAUCCACGGUUCCCUUUCACGACCCAUCAAAGCUCCGUCGAGACGUCCCAUCGUCAUGAAAGCCCCAACGGCCAUGAUCAAUGACCACAAAAGGGCUGCACAGCCAGCAUAUCGACCAGCCCCCAAGGAACCUACAAAGGUCUCGCCCCUGGAAGCUGCCCUGGAAGAAUUUGAACGACGGGCUACCUUUGUCUCCGAUUCUGAAGACGACGAAGGCGGCGAGGGCGAUUACGACGAUUUGGCCGAUUCAAAGCAACCUACUCCCAAAGCCGCUGCCAAGGCCGCGCCAAAGGCACCUACUAGCUCCCUCCAGCGAAAGUUUGGAGGUUUCAAGCCUCCUACCAAGCCUGCAGUCAUCACCAGAGCACCAGAGUCGAAACCGUCAAAUGGCCCUACAAAAGUUUCGUCGACUCACCUACCCGAGACGCGUACCACCCCACCCAUGGAUGAAGGAAGCUCACCUCAGUCGGUUGAGGAGCUUCUAGCGAAUGUGGAAACUCAACACCAGGCCGCGGCAGCCUCUGCCUCGGCUCCUCGCAAGCGCAAGGCUGUAGACAUUUUCAUGCGACCCAAGCGGAGAUAG